AUGUUCAAUAAACUAAUUUUUAUUUACUUAUUAAUAUUGGUAAUAUUGACAGAAUCUAAUUAAUAAUAAAAUAAUGGUGUUGUAAAUGCUUCUUCUGAAUGUUAAGUAGGUUAUUAUUAUGUUUAAGAUACUCAUUAGUGUGCUUCUUGCCAAACUAAAUUCAGUAACUGUUUAUAAUGUACUCAAAGUAGUUGCUCUUAAUGUGCUACUGGAUAUUUUCAACAUGAUUCUGAUACAUAAUGCAACAGAGAUACUUCUUUUUUAGAUAAAUAUACUGGAGAUUAUUGCAAUGAAGGAUGUAAUACAUGUCUUGAAUCUAGAAAAUGUAUCGAAUGUAAGGAUGGUUAUUAUUUAAAUAUUGACUAAUAAGGGGAGACAACUUGUGUUAGUUGUUCUACUAAAUUCGAUGGUUGUUAAAGAU